GUUAAAUAUAACACACGUCCAAACGCGGUCUUAUUCUUAUAUCUCACCGAGUCAAAACCCUCGAUCCAAACUCAACUCAGCCGAGUCCAAUUUUUCCAAUUAUAUGGCUUUUAACACUUAAAACACCUUAAUCAAUGGCUUUAAUUCUGCGAUUUGUGCUAGUAUUGAUAGCACUCUGUUUGGCUACAAGUGAAGAAGUGAAUAACAAAGAAGAGUUCACUGAAGAGCUGCUGCUGAAGCCGCUCUCUGAUCGGAAAGUGCUCUCGCAGUUUCACUUCCGCCACAUGCUUCCCGAUGAACUCGGCUCUCAUCAUAGCCUCUUCCCCAAAGCCAUCUUUCAGUUGGUUCAAAAAUUCAGAUUGCGGGAAUUGGAAUUGUCUUUCACACAAGGUCGCUGGAAUUACGAACGAUGGGGUGGAUAUGACCCAUUAUCUAGCAGCAAUGCAAAGCCUCCGGGAGUUGAGUUAUGGGCUGUAUUUGAUGUCCCACAACACGAGGUUGAUGCUUCCUGGAAAAAUCUAACUCACACUCUUUCGGGUCUCUUUUGUGCUUCAAUCAACUUCCUCGAGUCUUCUACAGCAUAUUCUGCUCCUGAAUGGGGCUCACAGCAAUCAUCAGGGAAAUUGCGUUAUGGUGCUCUGCCUCGUGAAGCUGUUUGUACUGAAAAUCUCACACCCUGGUUAAAAUUGCUUCCUUGUCGAGACAAAGCCGGGCUUGCUGCAUUAAUGGAUCGACCAUCAAUUUACAGAGGAUAUUACCAUUCUCAACGUUUGCAUUUGACCUCAAGUAAAUUUGGUGCCUUAGGAUCAACUAGAGGAAUAGUUCUUGACCAAACCCUUUCACUUGUUCUUCAACCAAAUAAAGAAACUGGGACCACAUUUUCUAGUAGUUCAGUAUACCAACCCGAUUGGUCUAUGAGCACAUUAUAUGGGAGGGAAGUAGGUGGUAAAUGUGUUCUUGCAGAGUCGAGUACUGUGUAUGUUUUACUAGAAGGAGGCUUAGUAUCUACACUGAAAGGUUCAUGGAGGAAGGAGGUAGAUGAGGUUGACAAUCUUGUGAUAGAAAAUUCUUGGAGUAACCCAAACUUUGAACUAUCAAUCCCCCCUAACAAGGUCAUUGAAGAAGAAACUACUCUGCACAAAAACCCAUCCAUCUUAUAUGUAUAUUCAGUUGAGGAUAGUGAAGCCUUUAGGCCGUUUGAUCUGGAGUUUAGGUGGAAAAUUCCUGUUGUUUGGUCAUCACCAAAGGCACCAUUAACUUCUAGCAGGUUUCUAACAGGAAGUGGGAAUGAGAGGGGAGCUAUAGCUAUAUCCUUGCAAUCUAGUAAACGAAAAGGUUUUGUUCCAACUGUUGAUGUAAAUGAAGAAAGAUGUGGGUUGCGGGUUGAUAUAUUUCAAGUUGUCCCCUGGUAUGUGAAGGUCUAUUAUCAUACUACACAACUAUAUGUAGAUGAACAACCCCAGUCUCUUGGAGAUUUUGUCGAAAAGAUGCGUGUUUCACCUUCUGAAGACAAGGUGUCUCCUGGUGUCAUGGAGAUGAUCCUAAGGUUACCUUGUGCUGUAAAGUCGGCUGCAUUAACCAUAGAUUUUGACAAGGGAUUUUUGCACAUUGAUGAAUAUCCUCCUGAUGCUAAUCAGGGAUUUGACAUCCCAUCAGCUAUAGUGAGCUUCCCUGAUUUCCAAACAAGACUAGACUUUCUAGUAGGUAACUCUUCAAAGAAGUCACCGAUGCUUUCUAAGUUGCAGGAGUCACGGCACAUACAGUCAUACACAGAAGUACUACUUGUGCCUUUGACGACCCCAGAUUUUAGCAUGCCUUACAAUGUCAUCACAAUUACAUGCACGGUGUUUGCUUUGUAUUUUGGAUCACUACUUAAUGCAUUGCGACGACGUGUAGCAGAGGAAGAAAGACGCCAAAGAGAGAUAGCUGCCAAGAAGACGGGCAGUUUUCCACUGUUGUCAAAGUUUAAGGCCAAGUUACGAGGACAGUCAUGGGAACCCCCACCAACAGAAUCCUCCACUUCAUCAUCGAUUAUGAACAAAAAGCUAAUUAUGAAAGUUAUUCUAGUGGCCGCCAUUGCUGCUGGUUGGCAAUAUUACUACGGGUGACACUUGAACCGAAGCUGGAAACGCAAACACAAACACAAACAUAGGUGCCCCGACAUAUCUAAACCAGAGCUGGAAUUUUAGUCAAUAGGCAAGCUAUACCACUCACUGUUGUAUCAUUUGGGAUUUGCAUCCCAAUUUUGUAUCCUUAGAGUUAAAAAAUAUAUUUUUUUAAUGAA